GGCGAACUAAAUAAUCCUCAAAACACUUUUCAUAAUCUUGAAUGAUUAUCCCACGUUAAAUACGCUUUAAUUUUUUGGGAAUAGUUUAAAUAUAACAUCAUUUUUAAACACCUAUUUCCUCCUUCGCUAAGGGCGGAAUUCUGAAUAGUUUUGGCGGUAAGCAGAAAUACGCCCCCGUGUUCUCACAAAUGCUUUGAUCUCGCGCACACAGAAAAUUGAGAAAACAAUAACACUUGUUUCCGACAGUGUCCCAACUAUUAUUUUUACAGAAACAGUUUCUUUCGAAAUAAAAAUAGAGAUACUUUCCCGUUUGGGCUUUGAAGUAACUUGCCCCGUAACUAUCACGUUUUAACAUCUAAAGAAAAUAGUAAAAAAAUCGUGAACGUGUGUUCUUUGUCGAAAUUCAAGACGGUCAAAUGACAUGUCUGAGGUCGUUCAAAAUAGCAUUUGUGUUUGCUCCGAAUAUCAAGUUUUCAACAUGAGUGCUUACUAUUUUUUCCAUCGCUGUAACAGGCUAACCUUAUGCUUUGUAAAAAUAAUGUAUGAUCAUACUGAAUCCAAAUGGAUGAACACCUUUCGUUGAAACAACGAAUAAUCGGAGCUGAGUAGACAUAAAAAGGUGGGAUUAUUCGCAAAAUCGAUUCUUUUCUUGACAUCUGGUUUUUGCCAGAGAAUUAAGUGAAUGUGAUGGAAUUUCAGUAACUUAGGCAUUAGACACGGAGGAUAACCACCUUCAUUUUUUGUCUUUUAUUUCGUUUGAAUAUCGCUCGUACUUCCUGAUCUUGCGCGAACGCAAAGCCGCUCUCUUGAAUUCAUUUACAGUUCGUCCUGAUAAUAUGGCCGAUGAAAGAUGCUUUUCGAAAUCCUGUAAUUCACCGCCCGAUGAAGCCAAACCAAGCAACAACAAUCACUCACCCCAAUUGAUUGACACCUCGUUAAUAAAAGGAGCGAAAAUGAUAACAAAGAAUUAUGGCGUAAUUGUUUUACCAGUACGCUUGUUGUCAUUUCAGUUUGUUUAACAAUGUCAAUUAAGGACACAUCUAGCACCCUGCAAUUUGGUUGUUUGCGCAGAAACACUCCCCUCAAGAACGCUGCGCCCAGCUGAGGGGAGUCGCUUAUCAUGAGUUAUUCUCGUGAAAAUCUCCUUUCCUAUCUUGCCAUCUAUGGCUAAUGACCUUCUCUCGAGCGUUAGUUAGGUCAUACUACCCGAUGAUGUGAAAUUUUAACAGCCGCGAUGCCACCUAAAGAACAGAUUGCGUUUUAUGGCUCUUAAGUCUCACGUGCAAAAACAACAGCAUUGCCCACGGAUCAAAUGAUGGCAAUUUACACAGCGUGAUUAUGCGGUCGCCCUGUUGCGUUCUUAACAGGAUAAAGGACAUGAGAUCAUCCUUGACCCGCUCGAAGAUUCUUGAUUUCAUUUAUUCGUCGCAUCCGAAAAUAGCGCUUUAGUGGCCAAAUCGCGCUAUAAACAAACCCAAAUUUUCACGUCUUCGUAAUUCCACUGCAAUCUUCUUCAGACUAUCCACUCGACUGUUUGUCCGCGUGGUUGACAGUUAUUGUUUUCGUAAUGACUAUGAUGAAUGACAGCAGGACAUAAUUCGAGAGCAAAACCCAAGAUACUGGAAAUUCCGCCUUUAGACAAGCGCACAGGCUCGGCUCAUCACACGGUUUGCGUAUCUUUCGCGUCUAAAUUCGCGUGGUAAACACCGUUAGACGCGUAGCCUUUGGACUGCAUAUUAUAAACCGGUCAACAGCCGGUUUAUCAUUAGAUGGACCUCUCCGGGUUGCUGUCUCCUAAGGCGAACGCGUUCUCAAUUGCACAUUUGAUAGACGCUUCACAGUUCCCUGAGUUUAUGAACAUCAACAACCGACAGACACAAUCUCCAAUUAUGUUCAACUGGGGAUCCUUCAAGCUUACGAAAGAUAUGGAAGAGAGGCUACGUAAUGCAGGAACGGGGAAAAAGGUAGCUUUUCGGCAGAACUCCACAACGAUUAACAGCGACGCGACAAGAACGGCGUCCGAUUUUCGAAGAGUCGACGAACGAUGUUCUUCCUCGUCUACCCCUCCAAGCAGUCCGCUGUCUUGUUCUUUAGCAAACGUGAAAGUAGAAAUAGAGAUGAAGAAUUUAUGGGACGAUUUCUACGCUUUGGGCACAGAGAUGAUUGUCACAAAAGCUGGAAGGCGCAUGUUUCCGCCGUUCCAAGUGCGCUUACAAGGUUUGGACCCCACGGCUAAGUAUAUCCUAAUGAUGGACUUCAUACCAGUGGACGAUAAACGCUAUCGGUACGCGUUUCACAGUUCUAAGUGGCUGGUGGCAGGCAAAGCAGACGCCAGUGUACCCGGGAGGGUACACAUUCACCCUGACUCACCCUGUACUGGACAGCAAUGGAUGAAACAAGUCGUUUCGUUCGACAAACUUAAACUCACUAAUAAUCUGAUGGAUGACAAUGGACAUAUUAUACUCAACUCUAUGCACAAGUAUCAACCACGUUUUCACGUCGUCCUUGAUAACCAAGAGAAGAGUACCAUGAUCAGCGCCCUGGGAGCGAGCACAGAACACGUUAAAACAUUUCUGUUUCCAGAAACACAAUUCAUGGCUGUGACCGCGUACCAGAAUCAUAUGAUAACGCAAUUAAAGAUAGCGAGCAAUCCAUUUGCUAAAGGAUUUCGUGACUGUGAUCCGGACGAUUGUGUAGUGGAAGUCAUAAAACAAAUAGAGCCAGGAUCAGUAAUGCCUACAGCGAAGCCUCGACUUCAAAGUGAAGUGUACCCUCCGAAGUCAUGUAAUUCUAACCGAGAAGGGGGCGACAGUGUAACAGGGACAAUAUCAAAUGUGACCACACCUCUGGUUCCCAUGAACCGUGUUCUUCCCUCUCUCACAGUCCCCUCCAUUACGGUCCCGGCUUGCACACCCAUCAUGAGUCCAACUAUUACGUCACCGCUAUUCCAUCCACACCCUACCUCCCCUGGAGCAACUACGGCUGUGUACCGAGGCUUCCCGUCUUUACGUGAUCACCGUAGUAUGCCUUAUCCCACACAGUAUCUUAGGUACAAUUCAGGACAGCAAAAUGAUGUACCUGGAUAUCAAUCGCCACCAGGAACCAUUUCCAGUCAAUGAUAAAACGCUGACCAAAUGAGGACCCACAAGAAAUUUUUUAUAACUGAAAAAGCAGUCUAUGGACAGCCUUAGGGGCAAGUUUACUUACACUGCUUGGAACUCCACUGACCUCUGGGAGGUAUAAGAAUGCCGGCUUAGAACUCGCAUCGUCCGAAUAUUACUUAAGAGGCAAAAACAGAGUUCGUUUCUUUGUCUUGACGAAAAAAUUUAAAAGAAAAUUCCUAAAUAAAAAUAUUUUUCUUCCAUUUAA